CAACAAAUUGACUUGCCUUCGGCGUGCUUUUAAAUCGUUCACUUCGUUUCACGAGCUUGAUCAACAUGGCCGAUGUCCAGAAUGAACGUUCAUAUCUUAAACAAGACCGUACUGUGGUCAGUAAAUUGGGUAAAUCUAAAGUCAAAAAACGCAGUAUUCGUCGCAUUCGAAGUAUUGGCUUGGGUUUUAAAACCCCAAAUGAGGCGAUUCACGGUACCUAUGUUGACAAAAAGUGCCCAUUCACCGGGAACAUCAGGAUUCGUGGACGCAUCUUGACUGGUACUGUCGUAAAAACCAAAAUGCAGAAGACCAUUGUCGUGCGUCGGGAGUAUUUGCAUUAUGUGCGCAAAUACAAUCGCUUUGAGAAGCGUCAUCGCAAUAUUAGCGCUCACAUCUCACCAUGUUUCUCGAAAGAUGUUAAAAUUGGUGAUAUAGCUAUAAUUGGUGAGUGUCGUCCAUUGUCGAAGACUAUUCGUUUCAAUGUUUUGAAGCUUUCGAGUAACACUAAAAUGAAGAAGAAAUUCCAAAAGUUUUGAAUACUUUGAGAUGACAACAUAUAUACUAAAUAUAUGUACUAAAUUUAUAUCAAUAAAGGGUAUAAACUAAUAUA